UUCGCAUUUUCACAUGUUUCUUCAUCAAAUCUUCAUUUCAUAUGUAUAAAAAUAAGAGUCCCCAUUCACAUGAUCCUACCCCUCUCCUUUCAAACCCCAAACCCUCGCCAUCGCUUCUCACCAGCCAUGAUCCCGACCACCACCACCGCAGUCUCACCACCUCGGUAUUCUCGCCACUCCGCCGGAUCAUGCUAGCCGCCCCCUCGUGGCUGCGCAUGAGACGGAGCCGCUGUGUUUUCCUCCUCCUCUGUUCGCCUAUUCUUCUCCCCUUCCUGUGCGCUUCUUUCCCUCUCCUCUGCGCCGCCGAGCUCUGUAUCCGUAUCUGCCGCCGCGCUCGGCGGAGAAAAGACGGCGAUGACGAUGAGGAUGACGAUGUAGAUGGGCUGAGGCGAUGCGAAGAAGGUUUCCGCGAUUGCGGUUGCAGUCGAAGAGCUGAAGAGGAAAAGGAAGUGGGGCUGUUACAGAGGUAUCUGGAAGAUCAACUGAGACUCGUUGGAUCUGUUUAUGAAUGCGGUGAUGAAUUUGAUGAUCAACAACAAGAAAAUCAAGAUAUCACUCAAAAUACUGAUUUUAGAACUCCUCUUUUGGCUUAAUCUUCUUCUUUUUUUGUUUUUUGGUUCUUUUUGCUAAUUAUUGUUGUAAAUGACACUUAUUUACCAAGAAUUUUGAGGGUUUUUCAUUUUAGGAUCUUUUCUGGAUUCCAAUUUUCAGUAUUACUGUUCCAUUUACUGGAAUGAAGAGUUUGGAAAAGUACUGUGCGACUGUACUCUGCUCAAUUUUUACAACCAUAUCAGUAAUCUGAGAUUUUAUCAUCAA